AUGCUGCAAAACCAGGCUCGACGCGCGCGCAGAUUCCAGACGGCAAAACCAUCCUCUUCAUCCGUCUUGCGCACCUUGAAUCUCCAUCGACGACGACAAUCUCCUGGGGAACGUUUGGUUUCUUUGCCUGGCGGUGCGGCGACAGCUGACAUCAUCCCCACUUUCGCCUGCUGCAUUGACGUACUAUCCCCGGUCUGGCCCCUCUUCUCGUGCCUGAUACCCACUCUUUACAACUUCCACCCAUUAAUCCCACACAUACACCCUCACAGACCCUGCUUGCGCACCCACGCGAACAUGGUCAUGAAGAAGAAAACAACAUACACCAACAUCACCCCGAUCCCCAGCUUCAUACCCCGCCAGCUGGCCCUCGACAUCCUCCACAGCCAUGGCGAAAUCAUCGAGCUCAACCCCCUGGUCACCGGCUUCCAGCCCAUAAAAGCACCUCGCGAUGCUCCCUCGGACGAGUUCUAUGCUACGUGGUACGAGAUAAGCCAGCGCAUCCAAUUCGUUCCCGGCAUCGGCAAGCUCGGUUCCGGCAACAUCAAGUUCAACGGCUGCUUCCACGACAUGCCCUGGGGCCUGCAGACACACACGUACGCCCCGGGCGGCGUCGACUUGCGAAACAAAUGGCAGAUCGCUGGGAACCAGCCCGACGAGGAGCCAGUCCAGCGGGAACUCGGCAUCGGAGCUCCCCCCGAGGGCCUCUACCUGCGCGAAGACAUUGAGAUCAAGUGCAACGUUACCAUGGUCAACUUUGUCAAGAAGGAAUUGAAGGCUGCCUCCAAGGUGCUUGUCGAGCGCCUGAUCAAGAAAGCUGAGCUAUUGGAUGCAGGUGCCUUGAGUGCCAUCAUGGAAAACGGAAAGCUCAAAACCCACAACCCAGCCGAUCGCUCUUCCAAGCCAGGCUCGCAACGUCCCAGCUCUCAGCAGCUGUCUCCUGGACAGCAACCGUACCACUCACCCCAGGUCUCAACCUUCCCACAGUCCUAUGCCCAUUCGCGAAAUAAUAGCACCAGCAACGAGGUCAUUAUGGAACUACCGGGCGACUUUUCUUAUCCGCAACAAUCACAACCACCACCGAGUCAUGACAAUCGCAUGUCCAAUACAUCCGAUGUGUCCGCACAGACUUCGCGUUCACCUGACCCGAGAUGGUCCAACGAUUACCAAAGCUCUGUCAGCUCACGCCCAAGCUCCUAUGCCUCGGACGGUGGUAUGCGCUCCCCAGGCAUGGACCAAAAGAGCUUUGCCGCUGAACUGCCCACCAUGGAGGAAACGCGCGAAGAACACGACGAUAAGAGACGACGACAAAGUCUUCAGUCACCCCCCGAAAAAUACAGCUAUAAUCCCCAAGAUUAUGCGCAAUAUUCCCAGCCUCCCCAGUAUUCGGCAUACACACCAGGGCGGUGA